AUGCAAUAACAGGCGUUGCCAAGUUGGCAGCCUGCAGAGGCGCAAGGCUCGAAGAAUUCGAAGUGGUGUACAACGGAUGCUUUUCUUCGUUCUGCGUUUUCUGUAGUCUGGCAUCUUCUUGUGCGGAAGACGGACACGUGUUCGUAUUCAUUUUGCGUGUGCAGGAUCCAGAAUCUGUUCUCCUAUAAUCGCAGGCGUGUACGAUAACCAAGUUUGUCAAGCGCUGCUGCGACAUGGCAACAGCACGCCCGCUUGUAUCUGAAGACGCGUCACGUGACUACAGCAUGUCCGCUCCCACGUUUCUAACUGGAUUUGCUGGUGUCGCUAACUGGACAGCUGUUCACCUUGUGGAUACUUUGCCACCGCUGCGUUCCUGUCACCUCUGCGGAGUUGUGCCCGACACUACUUGCGUUCUCGAAUGUUCUCACUCCUUCUGCAUAUUCUGCUAUAAUCGCAUCUUAGCGAAAGGCCGGACGUGUCCUCUGGAUCAAGAAAGCUUCCAUGAAGAGGAGACUGGUCGCUUCAUUUUCAAGCAGAAUCAACUGAAAAAACUCAAGUCUCGCUGUCCAAACUUCAAGUAUGGAUGUGAAUUUGUGGGUGACGUCCUGACGACUCUCGAUCAUUUGAAUGAGUGUGCUUCUCAUGCCAUAGCUUGUUGGCGGUGUAACCAAAACGUUGCCAGAGGAAAUAUCAUCGACCACUUCACUGGAGGCUGUCGAAGCACAUUGCAAGCUGUGAGGUCAACACCUGCACAAGAUACUUUACUCGAUAGCGUAACCAAGGCGGGUGCAAACAUUCAACGUGACCUGGAAUUGAUGAGUCAUGCCCAACUUUCUGUACAGGAUAGUGUUAAUAAUUUAACUUCCGAAAUAACGGCAUCAACUAGAGACCUAAAAGUGCUGAUUGCUGCACACGAUUCAAAGCAGGCGUUCGAACAGAUGAAACAAGGUGUCAAUUCUCAACUGGAGCGCCUGUGCAAAAGCAAUGAAGAGCUGAAGAAGGAAUGCAAAGCCACACUGGUCGCGUUAGGCAAACUGCGUGUUGCUGAGGCAUCGACGUCCAGAGAAGUCGGUACAGCAGCUAGUCAAUCGGGGUUAAGCUCGUCUGCAGUUCAAGCGCGAGUACGGAGGACUGUUCUUCGGAAAGUCAAAGACCUUCCUGCUGAAAGCAGCAAAGGUGUAAAGUGCGUCUUUACGUGUGAUCCACUGGAGAUUGGUGAUUUCACUGCAUUCUUUAUUGUUCUUUUUACAAAUUACACCAAUUACAUAUAUCUUGUCCAGCGGGCCGCCGGGAAUGCCGGUAGUCGGUCCUUGUGCGACGCAGUCGACGCGCUCAAUGUAGUGCACCCUAAUAUCAGCACAAUCGCUAUAAAAAUUCACAUGGAGCAGCUGGCCGUGUCUAGACACUGGCUUCCCUGCAAAGUGUGUGAUGUUACCCCCAACGAUUGCGUUGUGGCCUGCGCGAACUUUUUGAGCGUGGCCGAGUUGCAACGCUUAGGAUAUAUGCCUAACCAAAGCGUAGCGAUUGACGUUGAAAUUGUGUAAUAAACGUAUUUCACGUCUUCUUGAGAGAUGUUCGUUAUUUACACUAGCAGCAGCGCCUCUAUCGUAUUCACUGCUUGCACUGUACAUGUCAGGUUAAUGUAAUAAAUUUUCUUCAUAUAUAU